AUGUCCGGCUACUACGACAACAACCAGUACAACCAGGGUGGCCAGCAAGGCUACGGCCACCAGCAGGGCUACCCCCAGCAACAGGGUUAUGGCCAGCAAGGCUACUCCCAGCAGGGUUCCAACGACUACUACAACCAGCAGUCUCAGCAGCCUCAGUAUGGCGAGCAGCAGCAGUACGGUCAACAGGGCCACUCCCAGCAGGGUGGUGCCAGCGACUACUACAACCAGCAGUCCCAGCAAUCUCAGCACCAGUAUGGCGAGCAGCAGCAGCAGUAUGGCCAGGAUUCGUCCCGCCAAGGUUACUACGAGCAGCAGCAGCAGGGUGCCCCCGGUGAGGCCCAGGAAGGCGAGCGUGGUCUCAUGGGUGCUCUUGCCGGUGGCGCAGCCGGUGGUUUCGCUGGCCACAAGGCCAAUCACGGCUUCCUCGGAACGAUUGGUGGAGCCAUCAUCGGCAGCAUUGCUGAGGAUGCCAUCAAGAAGCACCGCAACCACGACGGCAGCCCUCAGGGUGGUCCCGGCGGCCCCUACGGUGGCCCCCCCGGCCCUCCUCCCCACAACGGUAGCGGCAUGAUGGACCAGCUCGGUGGCUUCUUCAACAAGCGCUAA